ACUGUGCGCGCCUAGGAACCACUUGUUGAUGGUUUCUGUUUCCGGUCGGACUGUGUCGUGGCGGGACCGGAAACAUGGCGUUCAACUUCGGCGGCGCGUCCAGCAGCGCGAGUCUUCCUGGCACAGGCUUCGGAGCCGCGACCACGACAUCUGCACCCACAGGCUUCGGCUUCGGAUCGGGCGGCACGGGAUUUGGCUCUCUGGCCCCCAGCGGUGGCCCCACUGCGCCUGUUAGUUUUGGGGGCUUCGGUUUGGGCCCCGUGGCCCCUGUGCUCAGUUUUGGCAGUAGCCUCAGUGGAGCAGGUGCGUUCGGGGGGUUCGGCUCCACCACUACCUCCGCCGGCGGCACCAGCUUCAGUUUCUCCACGCCGUCAAACACAGGUGCGAGUCUCUUCGGAAACACUCAGAGUAAGGGCUUUGGUUUCUCGUCUGGUCUGGGCUCGAGUGGAGGUCUGGGUGGUGCUGGACUGGGCUUCGGAGGAUUCGGUGGGAUCCAGACCGCUCAGAACCAGCCGGGAGGCCUGUUUAACCAGCAGGUGUCUCAGUCCAGUCAGCUCUUUAACACAGCCAGCGCUCUCUCUGCUCCGUCGGUCCUCAGCGACGAGCGCGACUCCAUUCUGGCCCGAUGGAACCAGCUGCAGGCCUUCUGGGGAGUAGGGAAGGGUUACUACAGCAGCAGCACACCGCCGGUGGAGUUCAGCCAGGAGAACCCCUUCUGCCGCUUCAAGGCGGUGGGCUACAGCUGUGUUCCUGAUGUGAAGGAUGAGGAUGGUUUAGUGGUUCUUGCUCUCAAUAAGAAGGAAGCUGACGUUCGCUCUCAGCAGCAGCAGCUGGUCGAAUUGAUGCACAAGGUUCUGGGAGGAAAUCCGACUCUUUCGGUCAACGUGGAGGGAGUGCGAGCGCUGCCCGAUGACCAAGCGGAGAUGAUCAUUUAUCUGGUGGAGCGCUCUCCUAGCGGCACGUCGAAGCGAGUCCCGGCGUCUACGCUCUACAGCUACAUGGAGCAGAUGAACGUGAAGUCUGCGCUGCAACAGCUGGGUGUGAUCAUGGCGGUCAGUCGCACCGCACUGACCCCGGCGCAGCUCAAGCAGCUGCUGCAGAACCCGCCCGCAGGUGUGGAUCCCAUCAUCUGGGAACAGGCCAAAGUGGACAAUCCAGACCCAGAGAAGUUGAUUCCGGUGCCCAUGGUGGGCUUCAAAGAGCUGCUGCGCAGACUGAAGAUCCAGGAUCAGAUGACCAAACAGCACCAGACCAGAGUGGAUAUCAUCUCUAACGACAUCAGCGAACUGCAGAGGAAUCAGGCCACGACCGCCGCCAAGAUCACGCAGUACAAACGCAAGCUGAUGGACCUCUCACACAGAGUGCUGCAGGUACCCCUCUCACACACACACACUCUCUCACGCACGCAUGCACACACACACUCUCUCACGCACGCUCACCAAUGA